AUGAAGAUAUACGCAGAAGUAGAAGGAUCAUUCAAUUAUAUCGAUGGGGGAAAUCGAUACAAAUAUCGGAAUUAUUGCCCUGGAUGCCACCAAAGUAAUGGUAAAGAUAAUAAGAAUAUACUACCCCUCAAAAAUACGACUUGUUUAUAUGGAAAUGAUAAUUACAGUAGCAAUGAAACUUAUAACGCGACAUAUUCCCACGAAAUAUAUCCGCCUGGUAAAGCACGCGUUACAUCUACUCUGAGCGAUGUUGCCUUGCAUGGGAGCAAUAGCAGUGUUUGGCAAUACAAUAUUACGGAUAGCAAUCACAGACAUGCAGGAUCAAAUGAUCCAUAUUAUGGAAAGUGCAUGAAUUAUGAAUUGCAUUCGAAAUCUAAAGAAUUACAAGAAAGUAGUGAUACUAAUAUCACAAGUCAAGAUCAAGAUUUAUCAGGAAACGAUCACUAUCUUCGCUAUCCUAGCGCGAGUAAGCCAGAUAAUUAUGUCUCAGAUUUAAGUAGCGUAUCAGUAGAACAUAAACUCCGUGCUGUAUCUGGAAUCGAUACACACGGUGAUAAUAUUGCGGAGAUUACUACUAGUUGUUUUCCGGAAGAUUCGAUCACACACUUAAAAACGACUACAAAUGAAACUUCAACAGCGUUCGUUCGCAGCCGGCGUGAAACACGAGACUUCUCAAUAAUACCUAACCAUGAAACUAGCACUAGUACUGAUGAAAUUAUUAGCAAGCAAAUGCGUGGCAAUGAUGAUGGUAAAAAAUUAGUACAUUAUAUGCUUAGAAUGGCAGAUAAAAGCAACCUUUCCCGUUCAGAGAUUCCUAUGCUAAAAACUGUAUUGUCCCAUUUAAUUUUUGAAGCUCUUAUUUAUUUCAACGAUCCAGAUGAAAGAGAAGUAAUUCGAAAUAAAGUAUCUCAGGCUUUACACUAUAUCAUUAACUUGCAGUCACGGUCAGAUGAAUCAUGCUUAAUUGAUUCGCAAAUCCUUCGUCAUUUGGAUCAAAUACGACUUUAUUGUGAUGCUUUACGUCACUUUCGAGGCGAACAACCAUAUGAACCGAGAAAUGAAUGUAGAAUGAAAGCCAAAAUGGCACUACAGCAAUUAAUCGGUUUUCUGCAGCAAGAUAAUGAAGUAAAUCGAAUGCGACAGCUUGGUGCUAGCUAUUAUAUUUUGGAACUUUUCGAAAUGCAUCCUUUCGACGAAAAGAUGGCUUCACCUGAACUUAAUAGAACUAUAUAUUCGUAUGCCGACAGGAUCGCUAUAAGCUUAACAUGUAAGAACCAAUGGAGUAAGGAGCAGUUUUGUACAUCGAAACAUGCUCUGAAUGCCUUAAAAGCUCAACUGAACUGUAAAUACUUAAAACUGAUCUCUUUAGCGGCUACUGUUUGCUGUAACUUAGCGAAAGGAUCGAAUGAUUGCAUGAGACAAGCACUAAACGAUGCUGGAAUCGCGACCAGCCUCUUACAAGCUUUAGAAUACUUGAAUAAUAAAAGCCUUACCGACUCUAGCCCUCAUAAAAGUUUACUGGCAGCUUUAUGGAAUUUUUCAGCACAUGAGGAGGGCAAAAAAACGAUAAUUUCUUAUGUAAACGGAAUAGACCUAAUAAUGUCACUGAUUUGUAGCAACGAAGUAAAGCUAAUUAUAUACGUAACUGGCUUACUGAGAAAUCUUUCUACACAUCUAACACAAAGCUCGGAAAAUUGUGAAAAAUUACUUAAAGGCAAUUGCCUGAAAUUAUUAGUGCAGCAGCUAUUGCAUUCCAAUUUGGAUAUUGUUGUCAAUACCGCCGGAAUAAUCUGGAACUUAUCCGCACACGAUAAAAAAAUUCAAGAUGGACUAAUUGACUUAGGGAUAAUAAAGUUAUUGGAUGGUUUAAUGUUAGCACGUAAAAGAAACUUCCUUAACAGAAAGGAUUUACUAAAGGCAUUUUAUGCUAUACAAAACAACUUGAUGUUAGCAAGAGCUGAUAGAAAAAAGUUAAAAGAUAAUAGAUCUUUUCGCUGUGAGAAGCGUAAGGUUGUCGUCACAUCGGUAUCAUUACGUGAUUAUGAAAGUUGUAAUCAACUUGUUUCUGUAAGUAAAGAAGGAAUGAGACAACCUGAUGGCAAUAAUCAAUCCAUCUCCGUAACUGGUACAGCGAAAACCGCCGAAUCUUAUCAUCAAUUACAAGCAAGAAGCAGCCGCUUGGUGAACAGUCAGAUAACGGCCAAGCCUAAUAUAAAGAACAAUAGUGAUAUCACUGAAACGAGUAUAUGUGAAACUCCUAAUAAAUUAGCUCAAAUUUAUUCAGCUUCUCCGUCAGUAACUGAUAGAGCGAUCGAUAGCGAAUCGUGCUCAAAAAUUAGUGUCAUAACAAAUAGUUCUCAUAGAAAUGGUGUAAUAAUAAAGAAUUCAGGAAAUAGUUCAUGUAAAGCUCAGAAGUCGGUAAAGUAUAGAGAAUCUAAGGCCUAA